GAAGAAAAGUGCCUCCAGUCGAGAUGUUUAAAGGCGGCAGACCUGCAGCACCGUUAUGGAUUUUCUCUCAGUAAUGAUGCUGAAAAAGCGGUGAAACCCGGGAGCUAAAACCGCCAAAUAAAGCAGAUGGAGUAUAGGAGAGGAACACAGGUUCAUCGUGUCGAGUCCAAGCAGAAAAUAUUCCUACCUAUGGGGUCAAAGGCAGAAGAUACCCUGAAAAUGCUCCGGGUGAACAAAGCCACUUCAGGCCAUGUGUGGUUAUCGGACAGUCCGUCUAAAGCUCGUGCUGAGAGUCCACUGGAUGGCUCAGGAUCUGAAGACUCUGUGGUGUCCGGCCCAAGCUCACCAUCUUCUGCACUUCUUUUACUGAGAUGCAGAGCGUGUGAAAGACUUUUCUCUAAAAUGAGGAGACAAGAACAACCAAGAAAAAAACUACAAGUUGAUGAUCCAGCCUCGCUGUCGUGUGAUGAGUGGAUGCUUAUUAAAACACGGCAGCCAUUGAGAUGGCAUCAACGCCGAGGGUUGUUAUGGGUGCACUUAAAGCGCAUCAGGGGUCGAGCUGCGAAGCAGUCAGAUGACUGCAUGGUACAUGAAGCCUGGUCGUUCUGCUCAAGACCGCAUGUCUUUCUGCAGAGGAAUUUGCGUCUCUGCAAAAAGGUGCUUGGGAAGCCUUCUAAACGCAAAGCGAAGUCACUCAAUAAGAGGAGAAAUCAAGCAAAUCGCAGUGGAAAAAAUCUGAGGCAAAAGAAAAGGAAGUCCUCGGAGAAAGACGACACAACGGAGCAGGUUUCCCCCCUGGAUCUCUCCAUUACCUCCAGUGACAAACCGCCUGCAAAUGACGUCACUCACCAUGAGGGUGUGCAACGAUCAGAGAAAGUCUCCAAGAAACAAUCUGUUACUGAUGUCAGUGGCAUCAUGGACGUUCAGGCUAAUAGCAGCAGCCUGGAGGGAACGCGAAGGGUGCUGAAAUUUGACUCUUCUCCCAUUGCUGUCGUAGCUGAAACACAGAAACCACAGCAGCACAUGGUACAUAAAAAUGCAGAAGAAAAAGUGGAUUUCACCGCAAAGAACAGAGACUGUCUUAUAAUCAUAGAGGAUGAUGGUCUGUGUGAGGAUUCGGAUGUGUUCAGAACACCAACGGAUACAUUCAGUACGGGUUUGGAGGUUACCAAGAAGAGCAGACCAUCGGUUCCGCGUGGCGGGCGCAAGGGCAGCUUCAGGACCAUGUUAGCUGCGUCACUCGGGCAGAGUCAUAACAAGAUUAUUAAAGAGUCCCAUCACUGAUAUUUGAAGAAAAUCUUAUUGCACACAUUUUUCUUUUCAGUCAGUUCAAGUCAUGAUUAAUCAGCCUGCAUGUUUAUUAUCAGAUGCCUGUUCAAGAUGUUCAGGUUUUCUUUUUUAUUUAUUUUUUUUAAAGGCCAUACUAACCCUUUCCAGAGAUUGCAUCACAGGUGCUUACAGACAUUGUUAAAAGGCACCAAGCAGUGACUUGUUAAACAUUUGAUUAUAAAUAUUAUUUUCGCAUAACGUAUCUUGGUUGGAUCCAUUCUCUCAUUUUUGUUUCAGUGAAGGAAAAAAUAAAUUUGGUUGACAAGA